AUGGCCCGCAACGUCUUCUCUGUCCCCAUCUUCUUCAUCGUCUUCCGCGAGACCCUCGAGGCUGCCAUCAUCAUCUCUGUCCUCCUCGGCCUCGUCGAGCAGAUCGUCCACCAGGACCCUUCGCUCAUCACCCCAUCCGCCUCUGCGCCCGCGCCCGUUGAGGACCCCGAGAAGCGGUCCGGCGUGGACUCGGCCUCUGGGAGCAGCGAGGAGCCCCAGGUUGACACCCGCGCCCUCCUCCGCAAGAUGCGCAUCUACAUCUUCAGCGGCGCGUUCUUGGGGCUCUUCCUCGCCCUCGCCAUCGGCGCAGCCUUCAUCGCCGUUUGGUUCACCCAGGCGAGCAAUCUGUGGGCCAAGUCCGAGGAACUCUGGGAGGGUAUCUUUGAGCUCGUUGCCGCUGUCAUUAUUUUCUUCAUGGGCCUCGGGAUGCUCAAAAUGGAUCGUGCCAAGGCCAAGUGGCGCGUCAAGUUGCAGCGCGCCUUCGCAGGACACGCCGACCGGAAGGCACGCACCGGCAAAUAUGUCCUCUUCGUGCUCCCCUUGAUCACUGUGCUCCGUGAAGGCAUGGAAGCCGUCAUCUUCGUCGGCGGCGUGUCGCUCGGGCAGCCAGCGACGUCCAUCCCCAUUGCCGCCAUUGUCGGUAUUGUCUGUGGCCUCGUCUGCGGUUACCUCAUCUACACCUUUGCAAGCCGCACCACCCUGACCAUCUUCCUGGUCGUCAUGACCAACUUCCUCAUCCUCAUCGGCGCCGGGCUCUUCUCCAAGGCCGUCUGGGCCUUCCAAGAGAACGCCUUCAACCAUCUCCUCGGCGCCGACGUCGACGACGCCGGGGGAGACGGCCCGGGCUCGUUCGACGUCCGCGGCAGCGUCUGGCACCUCGACUGCUGCAACCCCGACAACAACUUCGACAACGACGGCUGGACGAUCUUCGGCGCGAUCUUCGGCUGGACGAACAGCGCAACGGUCGGCUCCGUGCUCGCCUACGUCUUCUACUGGCUCGCGGUCAUCGCCGCGCUCGUGUACAUGAAGUUCUCCGAGGGCCGCACGAAGCUUUUCGGGCGCGAGAGCGCUCUGGGGAGGCAGCGCCGCGAGAGGCGCGAGGCGACGGAGGCCGCGGUCGCAGUCGCGGAGAAAGAGUGA